CAGACGUAAUUUAAAACCAACACGCUGCCUUUAUACAUACAUUGUGCUUACAUAUAUUUGUCAGCUAUGUGCCUAUGUCUGCGUCUAAAAACCUGUCACUGUCGGACAAUUAUUCAAUUCCAACUUGGCUCUCUUACUGAGGCUACUGAUCAUGAUGAGUUUACAAGAUGUCUUUGAUUGUCGGAGUAUGUUUUAUCCUGUAUAAGCCAAUGAGUAAAGGGUGUUUGGUCACAAUCACAUACCUCAGCUUCCUGUAAACACAUUUGGAAAGAUGUCUGUUGUGAAAUACGAAGAUGUUGGAUGCAGUUAAAGACUAUUUAACACCAAAGACGUUCAGUAUCCCAGCAUACGUAUGUUUGAUUGCUCAACUUCUCUGUGGCCUAGUUGUUACAAGCAUUGUUGUUGCUUUGAGAGUCGGAGAGUUUGCGAAAUUUAACUGCGCUGUCGACCCUGAAAGUGCGGCCUCGUACAAGACCACCGUCGAGAAAACAUGUUAUUCAAGAUAUGAAGAGAAGUAUAACUCUCCACUGCCAUUUUAUACCUUUGUCAUCCUGAGUAUUUGGUUUCCUAUUUUUGUCGGUGUUAUCUAUUCGCUCUCAGUUCGUAAACGAGUUGAAGAAUUCUGCGGCUCAAACGAUGAUCAUGAACUACAAACUGACGCCGAAGCAGGAAACCGAGUACACGAUAGGAGAUCAUUUUAUGUGUUUUCUUUCUAUUUUUACCACCUUGUCAUCCGUUUGUUAUUCGGGCUAGUGUUUACCAUCCUGCAGUAUGCUGUGUUUUUCAGCAGUGGUUUCGAUUUUGAAUUCAGUUGUGAUCAAUCAGAAUCAGAUGUGAGUCAUGUGACAUUGAAGAUAGCAAAGAAUGCAAGUGUCAGUCAGUUGAAUAAUACAACAAUUGCAUGUGAGAAUUCGACUGCGUCGGAAAAGAAGUUAUGGGCAGGGGUUGUGUGCGCACUGAAUGCGAUUUUUUCUUUGAUAAUAUUCGUAGAAGUUAUCCAUCUUUACCUACGAUUUCCCAGAAGCCUCAGAGUUGAUCGCGUUCAUGACUCUGAAUUUAUCAAUCUUUAUUUUUUUCGGAAGCGAUACACAGGUGUAGGUUUUAAACUAUCAUUCUUAGAAUGCAUAGAUUCAUACAAAAAACAAGUUUUAGAACAGCCUCGAACACCUGACAUAAUCUAUGGACCAAAGACUGGUUUAGAUGAUUUGUUUAUUGACGUUGUUAUUCACACUGGACGAACUUCUCACAAACAGCUUUGGUCUUCAACAGAAUUGGAAAGACAUGAAAUUUUUGACGUUUAUAUGAAAGUUCCUGAACGGUCGAUACGUCUGGAAAAUGUAAAAGAUUUAUUUUAUCCCAACCAGGAUACAAAAAGAAAUCGUCCUUGUAAAAUUCUAGCGGUUGGCCGGCCUGGAAUAGGAAAGACUGUUUUGACGGAAAAAAUUAUGCGCGAUUGGGCGAAUAAAAUGGAUAAAUUUUAUUCGGAUAAGAUUGCUUUCUAUUUUAAAUUUAGAUGGUUUAAUCUUACCGAAUGGGAAGAUAAUGACCUUAAGACGUUCCUUAGUUUUGGAACCGGAUUGCGUGAUGAAAAAUCUGAAGAAAUUUUUAAUUAUGUAACUAAAGAACCGGAAAAAGCUCUUCUUAUUUUCGAUGGUUUGGAUGAAUUUAAUGGCGACAUCAAGAACUGCUUAGAUCACCUACCACGUCAAAACGAUCCUAAUAUUUGUAUGCCUGGUAUUUCACUUUUCAUCAAAUUGAUUUGUGGCCACUUUCUGCCGGGAGCAACGAUUCUUGUUACAACUAGACCAACUGCACAUGAAUUUUACGCGAGGUUUCAAUUUGAUAGAAAUGCGGAAAUCAUCGGUUUCACCUCCGAAAAAAUCGAACAGUAUGUGAGCAAAUUUUGUGAAAAUCAUGAUGGAAGUGACCUAAAACCAAAGAUAUGGAAUCACAUAAAAUCCUCGUCGGACUUGUCAAAUCUAUGUUACAUCCCAGUAAACUCCUUCAUAUAGUUUCCACCGUACUGUUUCGUCAUC